AUGGGUGCCCUCAAGUAUGUGGAAGAACUUCAGAAGAAGAAGCAGUCCGAUGUGAUGCGCUUCCUCCUGCGCGUCCGAUGCUGGGAGUUUGUCGAAACAACAAUCCGACGAGGACCAUGGCCGGAGAGGAAUUCGCUUGAUCUGUGUCUUUUUGCUCUUUUCGAUUUCUGUGGCACACACACGAAAUCUGCACCUGUUGUCGUUGAUUUUGCACUUCGUCAACUCAAUGUCAUCCACCGUGCUUCCCGACCAUCUCGUCCGGACAAGGCCCGCCGCCUCGGAUACAAGGCUAAGCAGGGCUACGUUAUCUACCGCAUCCGCGUAAGACGUGGUGGCCGCAAGCGCACUGCCCGCAAGGGUGCUACUUACGGCAAACCCACCAACCAGGGUGUCAACCAGCUCAAGUACCAGCGAUCCCUCAAGUCCACCGCUGAAGAGCGUGUUGGCAAGCGAUGUGCCAAUUUGCGCGUCCUCAACUCCUACUGGAUCAACCAAGAUUCCACCUACAAAUACUACGAAAUCAUCCUCGUCGACCCCCAGCACAAGGCCAUCCGCAAGGAUCCUCGCAUCAACUGGAUCGUCAACCCUGUCCACAAGCACCGCGAAUCCCGUGGUCUCACUGCUACCGGCAAGAAGUCUCGUGGCCUCAGCAAGGGUCACGGUUACAACAAGACCACCGCCGGCAGACGGAAGACCUGGAAACGACUCAACACCCAGAAAUUCUGGAGAUACCGUUAAAUGUAAUGAAUGGUUUGGGCUUUGCGGGAUUUCAGUUUUGUUGUCAUGUUUUACCAAAAUUCUUCUACCACCUUAUUUCCCCAAGCAUGCGCAACUACUCUCGUCGUGUUGAUCUAUGCAUGCCAUAGCAAGAAAUGAUAUAAUACCUGGCUAUGAAA